AUAAAUUUCCCUUCUAUUCACCUUCCAUUUCCCCUUUCUCUCUCUUGUUUUCUUCCUCGAAGCAGAGAAACACAGAGAAAUCGAGGAGAGAGAAACAAGCAAAAAAAACCGAAAAACCAAAACCAAGAAACGCAAGUCAUGGUUUCCACCAGACGCAGUGGAUCUAUCUCUUCUAACAACACCACCACCAACAACAACAGUACGAGUAGUACGGGCAACGACGACAACAACAAGAGCAACGGCGGUGGGAUUAACAGUAACGGUAACGGCAACGGCAACGGCAACGGUAACGGAAAAAGAUCGUCUUCAUCAGCUGAUGAUAAUAAUAAACCUCCGUCACCCAAACGUCUCAAGGUGGAAAAUGGGGUUGCGCCGGAGAAAUCGACGGGAAUUCCCGAGAAUUCGAAAGAAACGAGUACUUCACCGCCGCCUAUAGAUCCUGUUUUGCCGCCGGAAUGUGAGAUUUGUAGCGGUGAUGGAGAGGAUGUGGAUUCCGUUAAGCCCGAGGAAGUGGCUGCAGCUGCCACCGCUGCUCCUACUGCCCCAGUUUCCUCGCCGCCGAUCCCUGAUGGGAAUUCGCCGGUUGUGGUGGAACAAACGAGGAGUUCGUUUUCGCCAAUGAGAAUUUACCAGAAACAAAGCAUGGGUUUAGAGACAUCGACAACUCCUUGGUGUAGGCUCUUGUCACAGUAUGCACAGAAUCAAACUUUACCUAUAUCAGUGCCCGUUUUCUCAGUUGGUUCAAACAGACAAUGUAAUCUCAUUUUGAGAGAUCAAACGGCGAGUGGGAUCCUUUGCCGGAUAAAAAAUACUCAGCGUGAAGGCUGCAUGAUUGCUGUUCUUGAAAGCACAGGAAGCAAGGGAGCUGUGUUUGUAAAUGGGAUGAGUGUGAAGAAGAACACCAGCCGUCUUUUGCAUUCUGGGGAUGAAGUAGUUUUCGGAGUGGCAGGAAGUCAUGCUUAUAUUUUCCAGCAACUUGUGAUGGAUAUUUCUGUAAAGGCACCUUUGUCAAUGGGAAAUACAGAAGUUCAGAAUGCUGUUGGAAAAUAUUUUGUUGAGAAAAGAUCAGGGGAUCCUUCGGCAGUGGCUGGGGCUUCUAUAUUGGCGUCUCUUUCAAGUAUGAGGUCAAAUCUGCCUCAUUGGAGGCCUUCAGGUCUUACCAUUCCCAAGACGAACCAAGAUAGUGAGCUUUCUACUCAUGCGGUUAUUCAGGAUGGAUCAGAGGCCGAGCUUGAUGGUAUGGAAGGAAAUUCAACUCCCAAUAUGGAGUGUGAUAAUGUCACAGAACUUGAUGGGACGAGCAAGAACCUUCCACUUGACUGCAAAACAGAUGUCCCUGAGGGAGUGAAUGUAUUAGAAGAAAGAAAUGAAUUGACAAGGAGUUCACAGCCAGCGUCGACGUCUGGAACUUCACCCAGAUGUGCAGCAUUCAAAGAAGAUAUUCUCGCAGGAAUCAUUGAUGGCAACGCAGUUCAAGUUUCAUUUGAUGACUUCCCCUAUUAUUUGAGUGAAAAUACAAAAAAUGUGCUGAUUGCCGCGUCGUACAUACAUCUAAAGCACAGAGAGCAUGCAAAAUAUACCUCAGAGCUACCUACUGUUAAUCCAAGGAUUUUACUCUCAGGCCCAGCUGGUUCUGAGAUAUAUCAGGAGAUGCUGGCAAAAGCAUUGGCUAAGUAUUUUGGGGCUAAACUCCUUAUAUUUGACAGCCAUGCAUUUUUGGGUGGUUUAUCAGCAAAAGAGGCUGAGCUUCUAAAAGAUGGUCUCAAUGCUGAGAAAACACCCUGCUGCUUGAAGAAAACCCUUGAGUUAAUGGAAAUGGAUAAGAGUGCAGGUCGAGUUGGUGAAGCAGAUGCACCCAGCUCUUCUAAUUUACAUUCUUCUCAAACAGAUACUCAGCCCAAGCUGGAACUCACACCCUAUUCUUCCAGUUCACCUAAAAAUCACACAUUUAAAUUUGGUGAUAGAGUGAGAUUCACAGGUUCUACUUCAGUUGAUUUGUACUCAUCAGCAUCCCCUUCAAGGGGUCCCACUUUUGGAAUGCGUGGCAAGGUUGUUUUACCUUUUGAAGAAAAUCCACUUUCAAAAAUUGGUGUAAGAUUUGACAAAACAAUUCCUGCUGGUGUUGAUCUUGGAAACUUGUGUGAACAAGAUCAUGGGUUCUUUUGCAAUGUCCAUGACUUGCGUCUGGAAAACCCCGGCAUGGAGGACCUGGACAAAUUAUUGAUCAAUACCCUAUUUGAGGCUAUAUCAAAUGAGAGCAGAAGUUGUCCUUUCAUUUUAUUUAUCAAAGACGCGGAGAAGUCUAUUGUGGGAAACUCGGAAUCAUAUUCAACCUUCAAAAGCAGGCUGGAGAAGCUUCCGGAUAAUGUUGUUGUAAUUGGCUCUCAAACUCAAAACGACAACCGCAAAGAGAAGUCACAUCCUGGUGGUUUAUUCUUCACGAAAUUCGGCAGCAAUCAAACUGCUCUUUUGGACUUGGCUUUCCCCGAUAGUUUUGGAAGAUUACAUGAUAAAGGGAAGGAUGUUUCCCGAGCAACGAAGGCUCUUACAAAACUUUUCCCCAACAAAGUUACUAUUCACAUGCCUCAGGACGAGGCUCUUCUUGCUAGUUGGAAAAAUCAAUUAGAACGAGAUACUGAAACACUUAAAAUGAAGAGUAACCUCGGUCAUCUGCGCACUGUUUUGAGUCGUAGUGGGUUGGAAUGUGAAGGACUGGAGACAUUAUGUGUCAAGGAUCUGACACUUUCCAAUGAGAGUGCAGAGAGGGUAGUCGGAUGGGCUCUAAGCCAUCAUCUGAUGCAAAGUUCCCAGCCCGAAUCUGAUUCAAGGCUUGUUUUGUCUACUGAAAGCAUCAAGUAUGGAAUUGGUGUACUACAGGCUAUCCAGAAUGAGUCGAAAAGCUUAAAGAAGUCACUUAAGGAUGUAGUGACGGAAAAUGAUUUUGAGAAGCGCCUUCUCGCAGAUGUUAUUCCACCCACUGACAUUGGAGUAACGUUUGAAGAUAUUGGAGCUCUUGAAAAUGUAAAAGACACCCUGAAAGAAUUAGUAAUGUUGCCUUUACAAAGGCCAGAACUUUUUUGCAAGGGACAUUUAACCAAGCCUUGCAAGGGCAUUCUUUUGUUUGGCCCUCCUGGUACUGGGAAGACUAUGCUUGCAAAGGCUGUGGCCACUGAAGCCGGUGCGAACUUCAUAAAUAUAUCGAUGUCAAGCAUUACCUCUAAGUGGUUUGGUGAGGGUGAAAAGUAUGUGAAGGCUGUUUUCUCGCUUGCUAGUAAAAUUGCUCCUAGUGUUGUAUUUGUUGAUGAAGUUGAUAGCAUGUUAGGGCGUAGGGAAAAUCCUGGAGAACACGAGGCUAUGCGUAAGAUGAAAAAUGAGUUUAUGGUGAACUGGGAUGGCUUGCGGACCAAAGAGACAGAGCGAGUACUGGUUCUUGCAGCCACCAACAGACCUUUUGAUCUUGAUGAAGCUGUCAUACGGAGGCUUCCUCGUAGGCUGAUGGUUAACUUACCUGAUGCUCCAAAUAGAGCAAAGAUUUUAAAAGUGAUAUUGGCAAAAGAGGAAUUAUCAACUGAUGUUGAUUUUGAUGCAAUUGCCAACAUGACUGAUGGAUAUUCUGGGAGUGACCUUAAGAACCUUUGUGUGGCUGCUGCCCAUCGUCCUAUCAGAGAAAUACUGGAGAAGGAAAAACAGGAGCGUGCAGCAGCUUUAGCAGAAAGUAGACCACUUCCGCCUUUGAAUAGCAGUUCUGACAUCCGUUCUCUGAAUUUGGAUGAUUUCAGAAGUGCACACGAACAGGUUUGUGCCAGUGUAUCGUCCGAGAGUGUCAAUAUGACUGAGCUUCAGCAAUGGAAUGAACUCUAUGGUGAGGGUGGUUCAAGGAGGAAGAAGGCACUGAGUUACUUCAUGUGAAUUUUUUUUGUAUGUACAAAAUAUCCCCCUCUUUUGUUUGUAUCUCUAGUCACAAGCUCAUAAUUGCUGUUUCUGAGAAGUUAUAAUUUUGGCAGUGGCCAUGAGUUUAUUCUUAGGAUGUGGUCUGUAUAAAGAGGGACAGUGCCUAUUAAAGAAGUAUUGGCGCAUUGCUUCCCUUUGUUUCAUUCUUCUCCUCAUAAUAUAAUAUAAUGGGUUUCCUGUAUCAUUUAGAAUUUAUUAGGAUGUAAGUUUACUGAGGCUGAGAAACGGUGGAAGUUAAUUCAGAAAUGAGUAUAUGCUACAUAGCAGUUUACUAA